AACAAGUAGCAAAUGACGACAUCAUCACAAGUUCACAAUCACGAGAGCAAGAGCUGUAGUGUUCGACCUAGUUAUCAGCGGAUAAGAGCUCUGAGUAACAAUUUAUAGUAUUAACAGUUAUCUUUUUUUUUUGCCAAUUAGUUUUAUCGUUCGAAUGGGUACGCCUUCUUUCUAAAUCAUUAUUAUUGUUUACUUUUCUGCAGAUGACUCAGCACUUUUAAACUUAGUAUAGACUGGAUAGUAUUUCCGUGCUUGUAUUAGUAUGUAUGCUAAGUGCUGGGCAAAAAAGUAUUUAAUACAAGUCAGUGUUGAAGUAUUAGCCAACUAGCUAGUAUAUCUUAAAAAAACAGUGUAAAUGUUUUAGUCAAAUUAAGUGAAUCUCUGCUCAAGUCAACUUUACACUGGAAUCCCACGAUCAAUGUUGGCCUUAGCCUAUUGAAAAAAAAUGGAAAAUAAUGUAGCCAAUGAAAAAGAGAGUCUGCUCCUUAAGGUUGAAAGACAAAUUUUCUCCAAUCAAGAACAAUUUGAUGAUAAUUUUCAAAAAAAUGAUCCACCUGUUGAUAAAAAUGUUCACAAAGGAAUGUUUAGCCAACUUAAGACUAGUUGUUCCAAUCAAUGUUCUGCAAUGGCAUCAAGAGAAUUUUGGUGUGGACUGUUUCCAAUAAUUGGCUGGUUGUCCAAAUAUUCAUUGAAGGACCAGUUGAUGGGGGAUAUUAUGUCAGGAUGCACAGUUGCAAUUAUGCACAUACCACAAGGAAUGGGUUAUGCUCUCUUGGGUGGUGUAUCACCUAUUAUUGGAUUAUACAUGGCUUUUUUUCCUGUUUUGAUUUAUGUGUGCCUUGGAACUUCUCACCACAUUUCAAUUGGUACCUUUGCUGUAACCACCUUGAUGACUGGUAAAAUUGUUGACCAGUAUGGUAGCCAUGAUGAUGCCAACUUUUCAAGUGAACAUUCAUUCAAAAUGGAUAACAUAAGUAGUAUCCACUAUACUAAUCUUGAAGUGGCAACUGCUGUAUGUCUUAUGGUUGGCCUCUGGCAGAUAUUAAUGGGAAUUCUCAGGUUAGGGAUUUUGGGAAUCAUAUUAUCCGACCACCUUGUAAGUGGCUUUACCACUGCUGCUGCCAUACACGUUGUGGUCUCACAGACGAAAAAUCUGUUAGGAUUGAAAGUCCCUCGCUUUAAUGGAUCUUUUAAGCUCAUUCGAUCAACCGUUGAAAUAUUCGGUGCUCUUCCCACAACCAAUCUUGCAGAAGCUGUCAUCUCUUGCAUCGCUAUAACGGUAAUGGCUGUUCACAACGACUGGCUGAAACCCUGGUAUGGAAAGAAAAUCAAGUUCCCCAUCCCGACAGAGCUCAUUAUUCUCGUAAUUGGAACUGUGGCUUCAUAUUUUGGAAAUCUGACUAGCGACUACGGCAUCAAAACUCUAAAUCAUAUUCCAACUGGAUUCCCCACACCUCGGAGCCCACCGUACGAGCUCUUUCCCUCCAUCAUUAUUGACACGAUUCCAGUUGCCAUCGUAGCUUAUGCCGUCAGUUUGUCCAUGGCCAAGAUCUUUGCUCGAAAACGAGGAUACGAAAUAUCAAGCAACCAGGAGUUGUUUGCUCAGGGAGCUGCAAAUGUAUUUGGCGCUUUUUUCUCUUGUAUGCCAGUCUCAACAUCUCUUUCACGAAGUAUGUUACAAGAAUCUGUCGGAGGUGAAACUCAACUAGCUAGCGUGGUGUCCUGCUGUUUGUUGUUGACCAUUCUACUUUGGAUUGGCCCUCUUUUCGAAUCACUUCCGUUAGCUGUUCUAGCUUCUGUCAUCAUCGUGGCUCUGAAAGGGAUGUUCAUACAAUUUCGAGAUUUUAAGUCUGCACUGAAAACUUCCCCGCUAGAUUCGAUUGUUUGGAUGGCUACAUUCCUAGCGGUAGUCAUUGUGGACAUCGAUAUCGGUCUCCUCGUCGGAGUCGUGGCCUCAAUUACUGUUCUGAUUUACCGUGGACAUCGUCCGUAUGCUGCAACUCUAGGUCAUUUGCAAGGAACUGAAAUGCAUGUCGACGUUGAACUCUUUUCAGCUGCUGUCGAAGUUCCUGGUAUUAAGAUUUUCCGUUGGGCUGGCGCGAUUCACUUUGCAAACGGCGAGACUUUUCGGCAUGUCGUAGAUAGUCAUCUAGGUUCUCAUAGGAUUCCAACAUCAGUUACACGUACUGCCACUUCCGUACACGACAAGGAAUCACCAAAUGUCGAAGUAUCGCCAUUAAAAUACGGGACACUGGAUCCAACUGCAAGUACGUUGCUUACCAGUGGCGCAAUCUUAAACCCUGACGUUCCUGUAGCGAAUAUCAAGUAUCUGAUCCUUGACUGUUCUGCUUUGUCUUACGUUGAUCUAAGCGGUACAAAAAUCUUAACUACUUUACACAAAGAUUUAAUGAAAAGUAGAGGCAUUACUCUUGUUUUGACAAAUUGUUCUGAACCGCUAAUGAAACAGCUCCAGCGACAGGACUAUUUUGAAUUGUUUCCAAAGUCACAGGUGUACCCGUCGAUUAUAGACGCAGUUGUGACAAUCGAAAGUUCAAAUCGAUGUAAAAAUGAAAGUUCUAUCAAUUCUGCCAUAGUUCCCGUUGAUUAAAGUCGCUAUUUAAAUGUGACCAUAUCAUAUAAUCAUUUUAUAGAAACUUAGUAACCCUACUUAAAGUGGAGUACUGAAAUCGUCUUAUCAAUUAUCUAUUCUCGAUGGGUUGUGCAAUCUAUAGUGUUACCAAAAAAUUUGUGUUACCAAAAGAUCAUUACCACCCGACUAACGGUGCAAAAGUCUGUACGUUACCGUAAGUGCAUUUGUAUUCUUUAUUAAAUGAGUACCUUGUUGGAAUGAAGCGACGCGUUGAAGUCCAACUGUCAAACCAUAUCGAAAAUUAUCGUUGUUUGUUGUUCUUUCUGAUGAGAUUUAUUGAAAAAUUAUUCUUUCGUAUUUGGCAACGUUUGACAAAGUGUUGGGAAUUUCAAAUUGAGGAAUUUGUAAUGAUGAUAAUGACGUAAAAAUAACAAUAGUUUCUGCUUCGUUUGA